CAGCGCGCAGGCGCCGCCCAGAAGUGACUUCUCCAAAAAGUGUCUGAGUUCACAGUCACCUGAGCUCCGGGCGAGUCGGCUGCGGUGGGCUUUGCGGAUACCGCCCUCUGCGGCCCUGCCUGGAGACCCCGCCCUCCUCUCCUGUCCGUCGGCCUCGCCACUGCGACCCCUUCCAAGAGCCUGUCCUUUCCCUCCUGUCCUUUCCCAGUCGCGGGCCGGACCGGGCCGAGCCGGGCCACCCGGGCGCGGCCCCUGACCAUGGCGUCCCUCUUCAAGAAGAAAACCGUGGACGAUGUAAUAAAGGAACAGAAUCGAGAGUUACGAGGUACACAGAGGGCUAUAAGCAGAGAUCGAGCAGCAUUAGAGAAACAAGAAAAACAGCUGGAAUUAGAAAUUAAGAAAAUGGCCAAAAUUGGUAAUAAAGAAGCUUGCAGAGUUUUAGCCAAACAACUUGUACAUCUGCGGAAACAGAAAACAAGAACUUUUGCUGUAAGUUCAAAAGUCACUUCUAUGUCCACACAAACAAAAGUGAUGAAUUCCCAGAUGAAGAUGGCUGGAGCAAUGUCUACUACAGCAAAAACAAUGCAGGCAGUUAACAAGAAGAUGGACCCACAAAAAACAUUACAAACAAUGCAGAAUUUCCAGAAGGAAAAUAUGAAAAUGGAAAUGACUGAAGAAAUGAUCAAUGACACACUUGAUGACAUCUUUGAUGGCUCUGAUGAUGAAGAAGAAAGCCAAGAUAUUGUGAACCAAGUCCUUGAUGAGAUUGGAAUUGAAAUCUCUGGAAAGAUGGCCAAAGCUCCGUCAGCAGCCCGAAGCUUACCAUCUGCCUCUACUUCAAAGGCUACAAUCUCUGAUGAAGAGAUUGAACGACAACUCAAAGCUUUAGGAGUAGAUUAGUCAAAAAAGCCAUAAUAUUUUGCUUAUAUUUAGUGUAAACCAGGCACAUUGCAGGUUCCUUUUACAAAAUGCAUUUAUUUUGCAAAAAAAAAAUAAAGACCAUGAGUGAACAGUUGUCCUAACCCAUGGCUAUUUUGAAUCUUUUGCCAAAGAAUGACAACGAUGCAAAAUGGGAACAGGUUGGAUUUUAAAUAGAACGAUUUAGCAGUGAUGAUAUGUAAAAAGUUGACUUUUCUGCAUGGCAUCGAGAAAUUAUAUUCAUUACUUAGUGUAGUUUAUGUUCUAAAUCUUUUUACACUGAAUACAAAAAUCUUGUUAACUGCCACUAAGCACCAACUUCAAGAGUCUUGUAAAAAUGCUAAAAGUAUAUCAUUAAUUCUGUAUCUGUUGCUUGUCUUUUGUAAGUGAUAUGUGUUAUGACCAUAGGCAAUCCAGCUGCCAAAUUAUUUUUAAAUGAUCUAAAAGAGGAGUAAUAUUUAAACAUCUGUCUUAAACAAAAACUGUCAUGAGCUUUUUUUUUUUCUUUUUCCUUGGGGAGGACAUUCUAGUUGCUAAGUUUAUUACCUUUCAAAAUGUGCUUGGCACCUGCCUUAAACAGUACAAACAUUGUGCACAUAUUUAAAUUAUUUAACUGAGAGAAAAGAAUUAUGUUUUAAACUAAAACUGAAGCCUCUUACAAAAAUUAUCCAGGCUGUCCUUUGUAAAGUUUAUGAAAGUGAAUUGAAUAUAUUAGCAAAAACAGACACUGAAUUAAUAACAUUUUAUAGUAAUAAAACAAUAUAUUUUGGUCUUCCAAGAACUGAGGAGAUUUCUCCAUAUGUUUAAUUUUGAACUGUAUUAAUAUGUGUAUGGAACCCUCUCAAUUGAAGCCAUCAUUCUCUCAAUUAUGUAACAUUACUAUGAAAAUACUUGACCUAAAUUUUAAAAUAAAAAUUGGCACUUUUUUUCUUGGUAAGUAAACUACAAUUUUGUCAGAAGUUACUGUCUAAAUGUGUAUUAAUGUUUUAGCAGUAUUUUUUAAGGUAAAGUUGCUUUGGUAUUUAAUGUAUGUAUAAAAAGUGAGGAGAAAUGAGGAGCUGGCAGAUUAAUUAGAGAUAGAAUUUAGAAUUAGGUUAGUUUUGAAAAAUGAUGUUGUACUAUAUGGGUUCUAGCACAUUCCACCAUAAAAACCCUGGAGGAGACCAGAUAGGUGUAACCUGGUUAAUUUGGAUGGACAUUUUGGACUAAUAUUGAAAAUAUAAACACAUUUUAGAACUAUUAUAUAUGUGGCAUAUGGAUUGGUGGGAAGAAUGAAAA